UUUGGCCUCAAUUUUCCGUUUUUUUUUUUUUUGGCGCAGCGCAACACAGCGCCGAGUUGUUGAAACUUAUAUGCUGAUUAAAGGUAAACCUUGUUCGAUUGCCAUUUCUCCUCUGUUGGCAGUGUGUGCGAUUGCAUCUGUAAAGUUUCCGACUUUUCUAGGUUAGUCGUCGAUCUCAAAACCCUAAGAACACUAUUUAGUCGGAAAGCAAGUGUGAAGAUGGAUGAUAUUCAUUUGGAGAUGGACAAUAAUCCAGUGGGAGUUGAAGAGGAGAUCGGAGUAGCGGAGCCAUGUGUUGGGAUGGAGUUCGAUUCGGAGAAAGAAGCCAAAUCAUUCUACGACGAGUACGCUAGGCAGCUCUCCUUCAGUUCCAAACCCCUUACUGUUACGACAGAUUCUUCUUGUGCUCGUGAAUUCGUAUGCAGCAGCAAAAGGUCGAGACGAAGGCCUGCUGAAAUCUGCGAUGCAAUGCUUAGGAUAGAGCUCAAAGGUGGUGUGGAUAAUAACAACAAAUGGGUUGUCACCAAGUUCGUCAAAGAGCACAGCCAUGGACUAGCAACUCCCACCACGCUCCACUGUCUUCGCCCUCGCAGGCAUUUCGCGAGUUCCGACAACUCUAAUGUGCCUAGCGGUAUGAUGUAUGUUUCCAUGGACGGGACCCGAGCUAGAGUUGCUUCUAAGGAUUCCAAGAGAACGCUCGGGCGUGACGCGGGUAACCUCUUGGAGUAUUUCAAGAGGAUGCAGGCGGAGAACCCUGGCUUCUUCUACGCGGUUCAGCUUGAUGAUGAUAGUAAUCAGAUGACUAAUGUUUUCUGGGCUGAUUCUAGGUCUAGGAUUGCUUAUACUCGCUUUGGCGACACCGUUACGCUGGAUACGAGGUACAGGUGGAGUCAGUUUCUUGUUCCUUUUGCGCCCUUUACUGGUGUGAACCAUCAUGGUCAGGCUAUCCUUUUCGGCUGUGCGCUUAUUCUUGACCACUCCGAGGCUUCCUUUACCUGGCUCUUCAAGACUUUUCUAACCGCCAUGAGAGAUCACCCUCCUCUCUCUUUGGUGACUGAUCAAGUUAGAGCCAUACAGGUCGCUGCUGCUCAGGUGUUUCCCGGUGCUCGUCACUGUAUUAACAAGUGGGAUGUGCUUAGCGAAGGUCAGGAAAAGCUGGCUCAUGUCUGUCUCGCCUAUCCUAGCUUUCAGGUGGAGCUGUAUAACUGUAUCAACUUCACCGAGACGAUAGAGGAGUUUGACUCAUCUUGGAGUUCCAUCAUUGAAAAGUAUGACUUGGGAAGACAUGAAUGGCUUUCUUCUAUAUAUAACGCUCGAGCUCAGUGGGUACCUGUUUUUUUCCGGGAUUCAUUCUUUGCUGCAGUCUUCCCUACACAAGGUUCUUUUUUUGAUGGGUAUGUGAAUCAGCAGACAACACUUCCCAUGUUCUUUAGGCUCUACGAGAGGGCUAUGGAGAGCUGGUUUGAGAUGGAGAUUGAAGCCGAUCUUGACACUGUCAGCACCCCUCCAAUCCUGAAGACUCCAUCGCCCAUGGAGAGCCAGGCUGCAAAUCUGUAUACACGGAGAAUCUUUGAGAAGUUUCAGGCAGAGUUGGUGGAGACAUUUGCUUACACUGCAAACAGAAUUGAUGAUGAUGGUACUGCCACCACUUUUAGGGUUGCGAAAUUUGAAAAUGACAACAAAGCUUAUAUGGUGUCCUUUUGCUACCCGGAAAUGAGAGCAAACUGCAGCUGUCAAAUGUUUGAGCAUUCCGGCAUACUCUGCCGACACGUUCUGACAGUGUUUACUGUCACAAAUAUACUCACUUUGCCACCGCAUUAUAUUCUGGGAAGGUGGACUAGAAAUGCCAAGAGCCUUGCAGAGAUGGAUGAGCAUGUUAGUGAUGGCUUGUUACACCGCUACAACCAUUUAUGUCGUGAGGCCAUCAAGUAUGCUGAGGAAGGUGCGGCUACACCUGAGACUUAUAAUAUUGCUUUUGGAGCACUAAGAGAAGGUGGAAAGAAGGUUUCAGCUGUCAGGAAAAGUGUUGGUAGAGCUGCACCUCCUAGCUCACACGGUGGUGAUGCAAAGACCUCGCUAUCAGCAUCUGACUCAACCCCUCUGCUGUGGCCCCGUCAGGAUGAAAUGACCCGCAGAUUUAAACUUAACGAUGGUGGGGCCAGAGCUCAAUCUGUUGCUGAUUUGAAUCUGCCGCGUUUGGCACCAGUGUCCCUUCACCGAGAUGAUGGUGCUCCUGAGAACAUGGUAGCUCUUCCAUGUCUUAAGUCAAUGACUUGGGGGAUGGAGAGUAAAAAUACAAUGCCGGGUGGCAGAGUUGCGGUUAUCAAUUUAAAGUUGCACGAUUACAGAAAGUUUCCCUCAGCGGAUAUGGAGGUCAAGUUUCAGCUAUCUAGCGUUACACUUGAACCUAUGUUAAGGUCUAUGGCUUACAUCAGCGAGCAACUCUCAGCUCCAGCGAAUAGAGUUGCUGUCAUCAAUUUGAAGCUGCAAGAUACUGAGACAACAACAGGAGAAUCAGAGGUCAAGUUUCAGGUGUCCCGGGAUACACUAGGGGCAAUGUUGAGAUCAAUGGCCUAUAUCCGUGAGCAGCUCUCUGUUGUUGGAGAUCAACCGACAGAACCACAAGGGAAGAAGCAACGCAAGUGAUGUUGAAAGGGAGAAGCAACCACGGAAACCUUUUCUAAAAGAACUUUUUAAACGUAGGAAGAUUCCUCAUUAGGAAUCGUUUGUUCAAUCUUUGUGAUUGAUGUUGUACGAUACAACGUGUAAUAUGUGCAAAUGUGGAGAAACAGGUGGGGGCAUUGAGUCUUGAAUCAAGCCAGGUUUUGAAUUGUAUAUAUCCUUUUUCAGACAUUGAUGAACCCAUCCGCUUGAAUGCAACAUUAGAUUUGAUUGAUGGUCACAGUGAAUUAUUUUUUUCUGUU